AUGCACGAUGAGGUUAGUGAAACGGAGAACAUUCGGAAAAAUCUGGCGAUUGAACGUAUGAUUGUAGAUGGGUGCGAGUUGCUGUUGGAUGUCAAUCAAGUAUUUGUUCGUCAAGGUGAGCAUUUUUUUCGAACUCCGGAAACAAGUAUUCCACUUGUCAUUGGUUGCAUUCUAACAGGUACUCUGAUACAGGUGAUUUGCGAUAAACCACGUUCUUCACGAUCCAGGCUGGGCAACUUUGGUGGAUCUGCGCGUGAGAAGAAAGAGGCAGUCAGACAGGUCUUUCUGUUCACCAAUCAUCUGCUCAUUACCGCAAGGACGAAUAACGGAAGGCUCCGAUUGGUCAAGAAUUACGGGAAAAUAUCCCUGAUUGAAUGUACGCUGGUUGAAGACACAUCGGCCUCGCUGCUCAAUGCUGAUGAUGACGACUGUCUGUUGUUUUCUUCAGUGUGCAAUCGUGCUCUCAGGGACCCCGCUAAUUAUGAGCUGUGUUCACCACUCUUUGGAGUGACCCAUUGGAGUCAGUAUUUGGCUGCGGUUGUUCAAUUCCACCUCUCUACCCUUUUCUUCCCAACACCAUGCAUAGGACCUCCUUUGAGUGAACAAACAAUGGGGAACGUUGGACGACGUUCUUUAGAUCCAUUUUCCCCCGCCGCCCGAGCACCUGUUUCCAUAAGUGCUCCGAACAACUUUGCAACAACCCCCUCAAAGGACAACACUUCGACGACCAUGGCAACCAUGCCCGGCAGCCAGAUAUGUCACAAACCUCCGAUUCGCGCUGAUUCAGGUCCGUUGACCUCGGGAAUGACUCCAUCCAGAAGACUGACGCCAUCGGACAAUGCGACCCGUCAUUCAAGCGGGUCCGCCUUGUCGGGCUGUCCAUCGGGAACGACGACCAGAUCUUGGGCUGGUUCAACAACAGCUGUCCCUCAUCGACAUUCCACAUCAUUGUGCACAGCCCCUACGGAAACAGACAGUGGUUCGAGGACAGCUGCUGGUCCCACGUCAGACGCGAAUGUGGUCAAUUCUCUGCCUACUUCCAGCGGUUUCCCUAACAUCCCUCCACUUCCUCUGAUCCACCGUUUAAGUAGCAACUUCAGUAUGUUGAGUACAUCUACCGCCACCCCGAUAAACAGUAGCGGAAAUGACAAGGCAGAUUACGGGAAUCUCGAUUUUCGACUCAUUUGGGAGCCCAAAAACGGUCAGCCAACCAGUAUUUGGCUUGUGGCCUCCACGCUUCAAGAAAAAGCUGCAUGGUGUUCAGAUAUCAGUCAGAUCCGUUACGCCACAGUUGAUCGGUUACUGGAUCGUUUGACGGACGCCCGAUUCCUUUCUAUUGAUUUCCUCAAUACAUUCCUACUCACCUACCGCGUCUUCACAACCGGACUAACUGUGAUCUGGGCGCUGAAGCAGGUACUGGCCAACCCGGAAAUGGAAGGCGCAGCCAGCACCAUUUUACUUCAACAUCAACCGGCACAGGUUUCGAUCAAUACAUCAACUCUGAUCUAUAGCCCAAACGUAUCUCAAGAGGGUCGCAGUCCAAGCGCAUUUCGAUUUUCAGACGUGGCAAUGCCAGGUCGUCUUCCAGUACUUCAGGAAAAGCUUUCGCUACAAGAGGAGGAUCAGCUCAAGGAUGAUGAGUCUCGACCCAAGACAGCAUCACCGGUUCAAUCAACACAUAGUUGCCUGCCGGAACUGCGUCUAAAGGCGCCAAUAAUAAAGCGUCGUCCGUUUAACUUACCGUCCCGACCAAUGUCUGCUUCAGAAUCCCCAAAUCCCGCUUCACCUGAAGGAACGAUUUCCGCCUCCUUACUGGACUCGCAAAGAAUGUCACGUUCCGAGAUCAACUAUGGCACAGAGAAGGAUUCAAAGAACAGUUCCGGCAAUCUUGAUACAGCAGAUUUGGCGGGAAGACCCCGAACCCUGAGUUCAUGCUCCUCACCCCCUCCACUGAUCCCCCGUUCUCCCAUUUUUAGUGGCAUAUUCAACAUUCGGGACGAUCCACCCCUUCAGCUACCCAACCUGUCAGAAUUAGUGGGCAAACACCAUAAUCAAAUCCAAUCGAUGUGUCCCAAUACCUUCCCCUUUAUAUCCCCACAGCCAACGAAGAGAAAUUCUGCUAAACGUGAAACUGUACCUUCAUCACCAUUGGACAAUGCCACCUCGGAUGGUGUGUUGACCAAAGGUCAUACCCGGCUGGCACCACUGGCCUCCUGUGAGUUAGUCACAGAUGAUCCUGAAGGCACUAACACGGCUGACCGUGCGAGAUCAUACAGCGGUAUCCAAAAUGUUGACGAGGCAAAAGAAAAGGCAGAAACUGUGUCAAACUCUGAGUCCACUCGGCAACGGCGACGCUCGCAUUCAGCUGAGUGCUUCCCCGUUGGAUUCGACAGGAUGCUCUUGGUUGAUUCGGUCUGUGAGGGAGACUCAGAUAAGCACGUUCGGAUAAAGUCAGAGAACAUGCUCAAUCCCGUUGGCUCUCAGAAACUGCUGAAAUUCCGCACUGGUAAAAGCCGUGCCAUUAUCAGAAACAAUCGUAUCAGGCACACCAUGCAAUGCAAAAACGCUGCGAAGUAUAGACAUGGUCGACGCACUAGAUGCAGUUCUAGUGGGUAUCGCCUCUAUCCACUUGGAAUAUGCAUCGACAAUCACCAGGAUCAUGGGGCAGUAAUUCUUGGUAUGAAUCCACAAAAAGGUCAUAGCUUAUCAGAAUUUAUUUUUUUUUCUGGGUUUUGCUAUCGUGCUCCAUUUGCCAUCAUAGAUGUUCAUUUUGAGCAUUUGAGUUUCUUUGCCUCACAUCAGGAUGCUUGGGACUCGACGGAUAGUCAGGUGUCACCCAACAACGAGAACGAACCUAGGCCAAGUCCUGAGGUGGGCACUUCACGCACAACUACAUCGAAGGGGAUUGUGGCUACACACAAGGAAUUCUACGACGGCCUACAAUCUACUGAACGAAAGCCACCAUGCCAGGUAUCACAAUCAGACGAAACUCAUCGCCUUGUCGAAAACUAUUUGAAUCAGAAUAUUGCACCGCCUUGUCGAGAGCAUACUAGUGAAGGACAAAAAUCGACCAAGCCCAAACUCCCAAGCAACACUCAGCAUCCAGUCUUCUUUCACAGACAGUUUUUUUGUUCCAAUCUCAAUAUAGCUCCGGAUUCACAAGCCCAUCAUAACUUGCCAAAAAGUCAGUCUGAUGCCGCUACUUCUCUGGUCGUGAGAUCUAACCCAGGUUUACCAGUGAACCUCUCGCCCAUCACAGAAGGUCUCGAUUUGGCUACGAAACUGAUCCAUGAGGAUCGGGAGAAUAAAGGCGCCUGUCAGACGCUGGCAAAGUCUACCAUGCUUGCCGCCUUGCGCUGUCCAGCUGGGCUCGUUCGUAUCCGCCAGGGUGAAGAGAGGGUGCAACCAAAGGAAAACCCUGUUGUGACAAUGUUAAACGGAAACUGCACUGUUCACGACACCAUUCAAUCAUCUCCUUCAAGUCCAAGGAAUAGCCAUGAACCGCUUUCUGGACAAAAU